AUGAAUGCCCUCCGUCAACGCCUCCCAGCCCCCCGGCAGGACCAAGCAGCCCGCAAAGCACGCAAGCAAGGCGGCGAUGCCCCAGCCAAGGACUCGUACGAGCCCUCUCGCAUGGCCCAGCUCGCAGGGGAUGCACCACCAUGGUAUCACUCCGCAGCCCGUCGACGGCUCUACUUUCUCCUCUUUCCAGCAGCCGUCGUCUCCUACGCAACCAGCGGAUACGAUGGUAGCAUGAUGAAUUCUCUCCAGACGGUCUCCUACUGGGACGACUUCUUCGACAACCCACGAGGCGCCCAGCUCGGCCUCAUGAGCUCCAUCAUGUCCCUCGGAUCCAUCUGCUCCACCCCCAUCGCCCCCUACGUCGCCGACAGGUUUGGCCGCCGCUGGGGAAUCACCGUCGGCAGCAUUAUCAUGAUCAUCGGGGCGGUCCUCCAGUGCGAGAGCGUCAACUUUGCCAUGUUUGUCGUCAGUAGGUUCAUCCUAGGAUUCGGGCUGUCGUUUGCGACUACUUCUGCACCCAGUCUCGUCUCUGAGCUUUCGCACCCCAAGGAUCGCGUCACUGUAACCGCCAUCUGCAAUACUUGUUGGUUCCUAGGCAGCAUCGCAGCAGCUUGGAUCACAUUUGGCACGCGUCGAAUCCCCAGCACCUGGUCUUGGAGACUUCCUUCACUCCUCCAGAUGGCACCUAGCUUGAUCCAGUUGUCCACCAUCUGGUUCCUGCCUGAAUCCCCUCGAUGGCUCAUGUCCAAGGACCGCGGUGACGAGGCCCUCGCCGCCCUGAAGCAAUACCAUGGAGACGGUAACGAAACCGAGCUUGUCCGAUGUGAAUACGAAGAGAUCCGCGCUGCAAUUGACAACGAGAAGCUCUCCGGAGCAACAACCUGGAAGUCCAUGGUCAGCACCAGCGGCAACCGAUACCGCAUGUUCCUCGUCCUUUGCAUGGGCUUCAUGAGCCAAUGGUCAGGAAAUGGCCUCAUCGCCUACUAUCUCUCCCGCGUCAUGGACACGGUCGGCAUCACAAACAAAAACAUCCAGGCCCUCGUCAACGGCCUCAUCAACGUCUGGAACUUUGCCCUCGCCCUCACAACCGCCUUCUUCGUCGAGCGUGUCGGCCGCCGCCCUCUCUUCCGUGCGUCAACCCUCGGCAUGCUCACAGUCUUUACGGCCUGGACGAUCGCAUCCGCCGAGUUUGACAAGACGGGCGCCAAAGCCGCGGGCAUAGCAGUCAUGGCUCUCAUCUUUGUCUUCCAGAUGUUCUACUGCAUUGCCUUUUCGCCGCUGCCGGUCGCCUACUCUGUUGAGGUUCUGCCGUAUUCGAUCCGCGCCAAAGGGAUGGCUACAUAUGUGUUUUCUACAAAGUGCGCUGUCUUUGUGAACCAAUACGUCAACCCGAUUGGCCUUGACGACAUUGGCUGGAAGUACUACCUUGUCUAUGUUGCCAUCCUCGCCGUGGAGAGUUUCAUCGCCUACGGGUGGUUCCUCGAGACAAAGGGCAAGGCUCUUGAGGAAAUUGCCGUUAUAUUUGAUGGUGAGGCUGCGGAUGUUCGGGUGACUGACCUUAAGAAUGAUGGUGUCGUGGAGCAGGAUGAGAAUGUCGAGCGCAAGGUCUAG